AUGGAUCUUGCGAGUCUCAUAGACUCAACGUGGAUCGUCAAACGCCCUUUGAUCCAGGGAAGCGAUCGAUACAAGAACAAGAACAACGAUCGAGAUGGAUCAAGCGAGGUUUCGUCGCCAUUAGAUCAGACUCUGAAAUACACGUUGCCUACUUGGUACCGACAUUCUCAUGUGGUUCAUACUGUUGACUUCAGAGUCAGCCAAAUCCACGAAAGAAAUAAAGGAGACAUGCAAAGUGGUAUAUUCAUCCAGACGCACAUCACUAAAAUGCAUGGCCGCCUUUUAAUGCCCGUUCAGAGCCCAGAUUCAGGUCAAUAUACGCUUUGUGCGAUCGGUUGCAUGUACAAGAAGGACCACGAAACUUCUUUCAAUCGACUCCUCGGUCUUGUACCUCUACCUCAAGACAGAAACCGCACCGAUUCAGUUCCGUGGGGAUACCGAAACGAUGAUGACCAGGAGUUGCCCCAUAAGGACUCGGCCGGCUGGGUAACAGCCGUGAUCCAAGUGUUGGGAACACAUAAUCUGUUGGUAGAGGAGGAACCGAACGACUGGUAUAUUGAUGAGAGGGGAGUGUUCCAGGAGCGCGGACGGGAGAACACCGCCGUUCGUGAUACUAUCUACUGUGGGAUCUCUACUAUAGUGAAACACAAGUCAGACAACUGA